AUGGUGUUUUACUUUAAAGUGCGGCCCGAAGCGGGCGACUUCACCAUCUACAUGGGACUCGAUAAGUUUGAGAACGAGCAGCUCAUUAAAUACGGCUUCCCGGAGGACAUAUGGUUCCACGUGGACAAGCUCUCGUCCGCACACGUGUACCUGCGGCUGCGCAAGGGGCAGGGCAUUGAUGACGUCACGCCCGAGAUGCUGGAGGACUGCGCGCAGCUGGUCAAGGCCAACUCCAUCAUGGGCAACAAGCUGAACAACAUCGACGUGGUGUACACUCCCUGGGCCAACCUCCGAAAGGCAGCUUCCAUGGACGUUGGACAGAUUGGGUUCCACAACCCCAAGGCGGUGCGGAGCGUGCGGGUGGAGAAGCGACUCAACGAGGUGGUGAACCGGCUGAACAAGACCAAGGUGGAGAAGACGCCUGAUCUGCAAGCUGAGAAGGAAGCUAGAGAGGCAGAGGACCGAGCAGCAAGGAAGGCAGUCCUGAGAGAACAGGCUCGACGCGAGCAAGAGGAGAAAGCUUUGAAGCAGCGGCAGGCGGAGUUGCGGAGUUACAAGGGAAUUAUGGUGGAGAAGAAAACGACGUCAAAUAAAGAUAUUGCCGCAAAGAUGGAAGGGAAAAGCAUACAGGACGUCGAGGAUGAUUUUAUGUGA